GGAGAACCGUAGAGAGAAAGAGAGAGAGAGAGAGAGAGAGAGAGAGAGAGAUCUGCUGGGAUUUUAUAAAGCUAUAUUUAUAGAGCGCAAAUAGAGGCUGUCUUCAAUAAACAUGCUGAUCAAGGAGUUCCGAGUGAUCCUGCCGAUUUCCGUGGAGGAGUACCAGGUGGGCCAGCUGUACUCCGUGGCCGAGGCGAGUAAAAACGAGACGGGGGGCGGAGAGGGAGUGGAGGUGCUGAAGAACGAGCCCUAUGAGAAUAAUGGGGAGAAAGGACAGUACACACACAAGAUCUACCAUCUGCAGAGCAAAGUCCCGGCGACCGUGCGAAUGCUGGCUCCAGCGGGGGCGCUAAAUAUCCACGAGAAGGCCUGGAAUGCAUACCCCUACUGCAGGACCAUUAUCACGAACGAAUACAUGAAGGAUGACUUUCUGAUUAAAAUCGAAACCUGGCACAAACCAGACCUCGGAAAGCAGGAAAACGUCCACGGGCUGGACCCAGACACCUGGAAAAACGUGGAGGUGGUCUACAUUGACAUUGCAGAUCGAUCCCUGGUGCACCAGAGGGAUUACAAACCUGACGAAGACCCGUCAAAAUUCAAGUCUGCGAAAACGGGCCGAGGUCCGCUGGGCCCUGAUUGGAAGAAAGAGCUCUCCCAGAAGACAGACUGCCCCCACAUGUGCGCCUACAAACUGGUGACAAUCAAGUUCAAGUGGUGGGGUCUCCAGAACAAAGUGGAGAACUUCAUACAGAAGCAAGAGAGACGUCUCUUCACGAAUUUCCACCGGCAGCUUUUCUGCUGGAUCGACAAGUGGGUCGAGCUGACCAUGGAGGACAUUCGCCGCAUGGAAGACGAGACCAAGAAAGAGCUGGACGAGAUGAGAGUGAAGGAUCCAGUAAAAGGAAUGACUGCGACAGAAGACUGAGGCCAGGGGCUCUCUGCACUAUCUGUAUAAAGACCUCAUCCAGAACACCAGCGUUGUCGCCCUAUCGAUUUUUUUAUUUUUCAAAACGGCACAACUUGUGGGUGACCUCUCUCUCUCUCUCUCUCCACAGUGUGGCAACAGUAAUUUCAAAAUCUACAACCCAACACACUGACUGCUCUAUUGUGGGGACCAGAUAGAGAGCGGCUUAAAAAAAUAUAUAAGCACUGCAUUUUAGCAAUAUAUUAUAUAUAUAUAUAUAUA